GGAGGGAGAGAAAGAGAGCGUGGGAACAAAUACCUACCCCUGUCGCUGCAUUCGCAGAUGCUUCCUCGAAAUUUCAAAGAUAAUAUAAUUUCCUAUCUGUUCCUGUUCGUCCCAUUUUCAACUCGUUAGUCACAAAGGUUUGAUCCGCAAAAUCAUUGGCUCAUCGCACAUCGGCUAGUUCUGGUCUGCGCUUCGGAUUAGGGUUUGGAAGAUUUUCCCUCAGACGCGGGAACUUUGGGUUUCGGUUGGUUGUACUCGUCCGGAUGAACCCUAGAGGAAGAUAUCCUCCAGGAAUCGGCAAUGGCCGCGGAGGCAGCGUUGAGCCGAAUGUCAACUUUUAUCCACGGGGACAUCAGCUUCAGCAGCACUACGUCGAGAGAAAUCCCGCACAGAGCCAGCAAAAUCAACAAUUCCAGCAUCAGCAGCAGCAAUGGCUAAGGAGGAAUCAGAUGGAAAGACAUUCUGGUUCUAAUGAGCUGGUGAAACCAGUUCCCUCUGAUGCCAUUGAUUCCAGCUCACAAGAUUGGAAAGCUCAAUUAAGAUUACCAGCUGCAGACACACGCUACAAGACAGAGGAUGUAACAGCAACCAAAGGAAAUGAUUUUGAAGAUUACUUUCUGAAGAGGGAAUUGCUUAUGGGUAUAUAUGAGAAAGGAUUUGAAAGGCCUUCACCUAUUCAAGAAGAAAGCAUCCCUAUUGCUCUUACCGGACGUGACAUUCUUGCUAGAGCCAAAAACGGGACAGGGAAAACUGCUGCUUUCUGCAUUCCAGCAUUAGAAAAAAUUGAUCAAGACAAGAAUGUUAUCCAAGUUGUCAUACUAGUUCCCACCCGUGAGUUGGCUCUACAAACAUCUCAAGUUUGUAAGGAGCUGGCGAAGCACUUGAAGGUUCAGGUUAUGGUUACAACUGGAGGAACAAGCUUAAAAGAUGAUGUCAUGCGUUUGUAUCAACCAGUCCACCUAAUUGCUGGAACACCUGGUCGAAUCCUAGAUCUUGCAAAAAAGGGUGUUUGUGUCUUGCAGGACUGUUCAAUGCUCAUUAUGGACGAGGCAGACAAGCUUCUGUCUCCAGAAUUCCAGCCCUCAAUUGAGCAGCUAAUUCAUUUUCUUCCUGAAAAUAGACAGAUAUUACUGUUUUCGGCUACUUUUCCUGUGACAGUCAAGGACUUCAAAGACCGAUAUCUGCGAAAGCCUUACAUAAUUAACCUUAUGGAUGAGCUCACUCUCAAGGGAAUAACACAAUAUUACGCUUUUGUAGAAGAAAGGCAGAAGGUCCACUGCUUGAAUACUCUUUUCUCAAAGCUUCAAAUCAACCAGUCUAUUAUAUUUUGCAACUCUGUUAACCGUGUAGAAUUAUUGGCUAAGAAAAUUACUGAGCUUGGUUUUUCAUGCUUCUACAUUCAUGCUAAAAUGUUGCAAGACCAUCGGAAUCGUGUAUUCCAUGACUUCCGUAAUGGUGCAUGCAGAAAUCUUGUCUGUACAGAUCUAUUUACAAGGGGAAUUGAUAUUCAAGCAGUUAAUGUUGUCAUUAAUUUUGAUUUUCCAAAGAACUCGGAAACAUAUCUACAUAGGGUUGGUCGCUCAGGAAGGUUUGGCCACCUUGGUUUAGCUGUCAAUCUGAUCACCUAUGAAGACCGUUUCAACCUUUAUAGGAUUGAACAAGAGCUUGGGACUGAAAUAAAGCAGAUUCCUUCACAAAUAGAUCAAGCUAUAUACUGCAGUUGAUGGAUUGUGGAUUGUACAUACUUGCCUUUGGUCAAAAACUGUAUUUGUAAAUACCAGUUUAUGGAUUUGGUCUAUUAACUUAAAGUUUCCAUGGAUGAGUCAAUUCAUUGAGGGAGUUUCAUGCCUGGCUCAUAUCAAAAUUUAGUUUAUUAUGAUUAUUAUGCUGUGGGACUUAGCUUUUCACGUAUUUGGUACUGUAUCUUCUCUUCAGAAGAUCUAAACUUUACUUUUUCUGCAAUCCCUUCCCAGUUACUUUCUCUUAAGCUGUCCUUGCAGUUUUUGAACGUAAUGUAGGUGACAGAUGUGUGUGAUAUCAUGCCUUCUAUUUUAAACUGUUUUCAGAGCUUGUUAUGGGAUAUUUUCUACUUGUGCAUGGAAUUUGCGUCCUUCUAUUCCAAGUUGUCUUCACUUGUUAUUAUCAAAUCAUGAACAUUUGUUAAGAUCGAAUUAUUGGCUGAAGA